AUGCCAGUCACCAUCGGUCACGCCCUGCCAUCCGGCAACCCCGCAACCCCGCAACUCGCAGCGGCGCUGGAGGCCAACGAAGAGUUACCGCCGGCGGGUCUCUCCACCAAUCCCAGCCCGUCCAGCGAGAGCGGAAGCGCCCGCUCCUUCAAGCCCGUCCGCACGAAGGAGCCGCGCAAGUCUUCCUCCUCCGGCGCCUCCUCGUCGUCGCGCGCGUCGCGCGCCUCGCAGCCAGGCAGCCUCCGCGUGCCCAAGUCGCCUCGCUCAAACACCUCCUCCUCCUCCCCCGACCAGCCUACUACUACUAACGCCGUAGACCAAUCCAGUACCCGCGAACAGUCCGCGCGUGCUAGCGGCUCGCAAAGCGGCGGCUCCCGCCGGUCGCGCCAUAAGGCGAACUCUUCCGCGGACUCGCUGUCAAGCGCUUCCGCCGUCACCACGGCGUCGGACGAUGGCGCGGGCGACGCGGCAGAAUUAGCAGCAGCACCCGCGGAACCGCCUUCCACCGCCGCCACGUCCGCGCCUUCCGCCUCCACGCGCAAAAGCGCGGCUGCGAGAAAGGAGCGGGCGGCGCCGCCGGAGGGGGACGAGGAGGGUGGGAACGAGGGAGAGGGGGAGGAAGCGGGCGCUGGAGAGCGGGAGGGGGAAGGGGAAGAGGAGGAGGAGGAGGACGAGGCGCCGGCUUUGCAGCGCGUGCAACGAUCCACCACGGCUCCGCAUUACGAGCGCGUUAAAGGCGCCGCGGGCGCGGACGAGCCGCGGCCGAUGCGCGUGAGCACGAGCUACGACGCGCGGGGCAAGCGAGGGCUGUUACUUUCGCCGAACACACAUCGCGUGGUUUCGUUCGCCAGCGACUUGAAGCUUCCUGAAGGGUUCGAGGGCGAGGAUGCGGAAGCGUUUAGCCGCAACAGCACUGGCGGGUUGAUGGGGUAUCAGCAGGUUGGGGGUUUGCCGCGCCCGUUAUCGGCACCUUCGUUAAUGGCGCAACUGAACUCGAUGCUGACGCCGUCAAGGUCUGUGGGGAGUUUCACGGAGAGCGUUGGCGUCAGCGGAAUCGCGGUGUACGUGGGGCCCAAGUCAGUCUUAUCUCCCAUAAUGCCAGCCAUGCCACGCCAUUCUUUUCCUCCCUGCCACCUCCCCGUGCCACCUCUUCAUGCCACCUCCCCGUGCCACCUCUUCAUGCCACCUCCCCGUGCCACCUCCCCAUGCCAGCUCCCCCCACCUCUGGCAACCCUCACUCACACCUCCUUCCCCAGCUUCCCUCCCUUCCCCCACUCGGUCGAACGACCUAAUGAUUCUCUUUCAUCAUCUUAUGCCUUUCCCCUCUUCGUGCCCCUUCACCCCUCAUUCCUAUUCCCGCUCAUGUCUCUCCUCUUCAUGUCCCCCUCUUCAUGUCUUCCCCCUCGUUCCAUCCCCUCCAAUGCCUCUAAAUUUUCAUGCCUCCUCCGUAGUGUCCCCCCCUCAUGCUCCCCCCCUCAUGCCCUCCCCCUCAUGACUUUCCCUUUCAUACCUCCCCCCUCGUGUCUCCCCCAGUACUACUUCCCCCCUCUCAUGUCUUUCCCCACUCAUACCUCCCCCAGUGCGACCUCCCCUCCCCCUCAUGUCAUGCCUCCCCCGGUGCGACCUCCCCUCCCCCUCAUGCCUCCCCCGGUGCUUCCUUCCUCCCCCCCCAUGCAACUGCUCCGCGCGACCAAGGCGUUGCUCAUGGAAAUUCUCUUCUUGCUCUCGUGCUACCCCCAGUCGCUGCUCAUGAAGAUCCCCUUCUUCCCCCUCAUACCUCCCCAUCGUGUCUUCCCUCCUCCCCCAGGUUUUCUUCCCCCCCCGCACCCCCCUCAGAUGCAACUGCUCCGCGUGACCAGGGCGCUGCUCAUGAAGAUCCCCUUCUUCCCCCCUCAUACCUCCCCAUCAUAUCCUCCCCGCUCAUGCCUCCCCCGGUUCUACCUCCCUCAGAUGCAACUGUUUCGCGUGACCAGGGCGCUGCUCAUGAAGAUCCCCUUCUUCCGCAAGCAGCUGGAGACCACAGCGCCAGAUGGCAAGCUGCAGACACCAGAGCACGCAUCAGAGGACGAGGAGCUGUCGUUCAUGCUGGACUGCGAUGAAGCCACCUUCUCCCGCGUCCUCACCGUCGUGCAGUACCACAGGUAUGGCGCUGUGCUCACUGUCGUGCAGUACCACAGGUACGGCGCUGUGCUCACUGUCGUGCAGUACCACAGGUACGGCGCUGUGCUCACUGUCGUGCAGUACCACAGGUACAGCGCUGUGCUCACCGUCGUGCAGUACCACAGGUACGGCGCUGUGCUCACUGUCGUGCAGUACCACAGGUACGGCGCUGUGCUCACUGUCGUGCAGUACCACAGGUACGGCGCUGUGCUCACCGUCGUGCAGUACCACAGUCUGGAGGCCUUGCCAUGGAUGAAUGACGAAGACUUUUACCGCCUGCGCUCGGAGCUCGACUUCCUCGGCAUCACUCUGCCGCCCGGCUCGCCCUGGCACCACCUCCCCUGGAAGGACGAGCGCAAGGCCGCCGCCGCCUCCGCCGCUGCUGCCGCCGCCGCCGCCGCUUCUGGCAUUCUCAACCCCGCUGCUGCGGCUCUCGCCGCUGGGUACACGUCUAGUUCGGAUACGGACGAGAUUAGGGAGGUGCGCGGUGGGGCGGCAACGGCGGGGGGAAUGGCUGGAGGGCUGGCGGGAAUGAUGGGGGCGAUGGUGGGCGGGGGGAUGGGAGUUGGGGGAGGAGUGGGAGGCAUGGGAGGAGCGGGAGCAGGAGCGGGAAUGGGAGGGGGAGCUGGAGUGGGGGGGAAGGGGUUUGGGACGGGAAGGGCGUCGCUGAUCAGUGCGCGAUCCAUGGUGCGGCGCAGUGUGGUGGUGGGGGGUGCGGGGCAUGAGACGCCUCCGGGAGUGGGAGGGGCGGCAGGAGGAGGCGCAGGAGCAGGCGGGGCGAAAUCGCUGGUGGAGGAAGACAGGCUGGACGUGGUGUACCGGCACGGCAGCGACACAGCAGCGGCGUGCACGUGCUUUGGCACCAAGGAGGCGGAUGGCCACUCGCACUGGGUGGUGUCUCUCUUCCACGGCCACGUCUUCUGCGCCUUCUGUGGCCGUGCCCCCGCGUGGCAUCCAAAGCUCUUUGCCGAAGUCUUCCUGCUCGCCGCCCUCCCUCCCGCUCCUACCCAGAGGGGAGCGAAUGCGUUCGUGGGAGGGUGGUACUACCACGGCCGCUCCAGCACUCGCCUCGUGAAGCUGCACUGCGUGGCCGGCGCCAGCUGCACCGCCUGCAGAGCUAGCAUCUGGGGAGUAAGCAUCGAGCACAAGCAUGCCUUCUGUCUACAGUGCAAAGCUACACCCACCAAGCCAGCUAUCAUAGCGAAACUCUUUGUGGAAGCCUUGUGUCAGCCCAAGUAG